GCUGCGCGCGCGCCGCACGGGGGCGGCCGCCGGGAGAAAGUGUCGAGCUGCCGGCAGCGGCGGCUGAGCGCCGGCCGCCAGUGGUCAUCACGCUGGUGGGCAGAGGUGUGCGCGGCGACGGGCCGCCCGUGCAGCUCUGUGUGUGUGUGUGAGACGUUGCACAGUGCAGAGUGAGGACCAGUGGGGACUCGUGGUGACCACUGAGGACCGGCGGGACCAGCGGGGACCGGCGGUCGGACCGCGCGCAGCCGCACCAUGCAGGUGCGCGCCUGGUGUCUGCUACUGAUCUUGGCAUCCUGCACGUCCACGUACGACUACAUCGACCAGUUCGUCGACGAACUGCUCCUCUCCCGGCCUGAGGUCCGGCAGCUCCUUGUGGAGGUGGUCCGCCAGCAGCAGAAGGCCGCCCUGCGUCCCCCCGAGCACUCGUUCGGCCGCUCUCUGGCAGACCCUCCUCCGGACACCCAGGGACGCUUCCUCAACUCGCUGCUCUUCGGCGACGGACCGGCGGACCCGUACCUCCAGGACGGCAUCAGCUUCCUGCAGAACGUCAACCGGCUGGACCGGCGCCGCUGCGUGCCCCGCCUGCUCUGCUCCGCCGUCUCCGGCAUCUUCACCGGCUUCGGCAGACCGACCGGGAGCGGGGCGACGCCGGCCCCGCCGACCGUCAGUCCACCGGCACCCCCUACUGUCAGACCGCUGCCACCGGCACCUCCGACUAACAGACCCCAGCCGCCGGCACCCCCUACUAUCAGACCUCAGCCGCCGGCACCUCCGACUAACAGACCCCAGCCGCCGGCUCCCCCUACUAACAGACCCCAGCCGCCGGCUCCUCCCACUAACAGACCUCAGCCGCCGGCUCCUCCCACCAGCAGACCUCAACCUCCCGCGCCGCCUCCGUCCCCGAUUCCCCUGCCUCCGGCGCCAGUCACAAGGCCCACUACUCGGCCUGCGCCGCCCCCCACCAGGCCUCCGUCGCCGCCGCCGCAGCCCCCGGCGCCGCCGACCUCACGGCCGCAGCCCCCAGUGCCACCCCCGGUGACGCCGCUGCCCCGUCCGCCAGUCAUCCUGCCGCCGGCGCCUCCCGUCGGCGGUCCGCCGGCGCCCCCUGUGGGUCCGCCGGCGCCGCCCGUAGCUCCGCCGGCGCCGCCCUCCGACGCGCUCCGCGAGAGCCCGGACGCGUUCUUUGAGAGGCCGGUCAACACCCUGGCGUUCGGUGCGCCCGAGGUGGGCCGCAGCCUGGACUUUGGCCGGCCGGCCCGGUUCGACCCCAGCUCUCGGAGGGUAUCGGUGUUCGCCGACGACACGCCGAUCCUGGCUGACGACCUGGGCCUGACGCCGGUCCAGUCGCGCCACUCGCUGCCGCGCGGCCCCAACGAGCUGGGCGGCUCAGCGCCGCCGGGCCGCGGCUCCGGCAGGGUGCUGUUUAUCGACCCCAGCGGGCCCGGCCAGAGCUCCGGGUUCGGGCCGCCGCCGGUGACCGCUGCCAGGGAGGUGUUCCGGGUCGGCGCGCCGGGGCCGCGGGACGCGCCUGUCGGCCGGGUCGGUCAGCCGCGGACCGGCGGCCGGGUGCGGUUCGAGGAGGACGCCGUGUCGGGCCGCUCGGCGGGCCGGCCCGUGUCGGCCGAGGAGCUGCUGUUUCCGGACGAGUUCCGGGCGCCGGCACUGCCAUCUGGCGGCCGGCGCACGCUGCGCCAGGCGACCCGACCGCCCUCUACCGGGCGGAUACGGUUUCCCGAGAGGAGGCGGAAGAAGAGGACCGUGCCGAUCAUCAGCGGCUUCCUAAGGAUGCUGACCACGCUGGCCCAGCCGAGCGCGUUCUCGCCGUUCACCACGGCGGCUCUGGACGGCAGCACUGCCGGCUCUCGGCAGGACUGCGCCCGGCUCUACCCGCAGUGUCCCGUCAACACCCGGCCCGGCGACAGCGAGUUCCUGCACAUCUUCAACAACCUGAACCAGUACGCGCCCGGGCUGCAGGACGCGCUGGGCUCGCAGCUGCUGAACAGCGUGCCGGCGCUGGACGCGUUCCGUGUGAGGCAGCGGCGGGAGGCCAGCGGCCGGCGCAGACAGAGGGGGGAGGCCAGCGGCCGGCGCAGACGGCGGCUGAGCGGGCGCCUCAGGCGGCGGCGGAGAUAGACCUCAGAUAGACAGAGACCGGCGCAGAGACCGGCACAGACCGAGAGACUGAACUGGCCGGCAGUCUGAGGCGGAGACGAGAGCCGGGUGCACUCGAGGAAAGCGGAGUGUAGACUUCAGCCGGGUGCACUCGAGAGGAGCGGAGUGUAGACUUCAGCCCGGUGCACUCGAGGAAAGCGGAGUGUAGACUUCAGCCCGGUGCACUCGAGGAAAGCGGAGUGUAGACUUCAGCCCGGUGCACUCGAGGAAAGCGGAGUGUAGACUUCAGCCGGGUGCACUCGAGAGGAGCGGAGUGUAGACUUCAUGAGGAGCUUCAAUGAAGGACGAGUGCCUUUCAUUUACAGGUUUGAAACAGAAAACAUCCUAUUGUGCCCGAAAGUGCUGAAUUUGCCGGACGAAAGACAGCUUCGAGGGUGCCAUAACCUGUUAGGUGAUGUUAACGAUGCUGCCAUCCAAUUUGUUGUCUCUGGUUUGCAGUUGCUUUGGCUUAUUGCCAUCGCACACUUUUACAUUUGAUUUACAAAGCGAAUGUACCCGUUUUAGUUA